AUGGAUCACCUACCCAUCCCAGUCGACAGACAAAGGCCUUCGCGUCGGGUGGUGGCCUUUGCUUACUUCGACAUCCCGUUCCUUGGUGAAGUUGGCGAGGCUGGCGGAGACUUCUACACCUACGCUGUUGCUCACAAGAUCGUGAAUAAUGAUAGUGAUCAUUCUCUGAACUUGGAUGAGCUGGAGGACCUGGAAGAUGUUGACCUGUACUUUGCAAGAGUACAGUCAUGGCUUUACUUUGGCCUCGUUUGUGACACAUUCGGUUCGUCGGUGAAGUUCGAAGACUUCAUCGUUGUCAAUGCUUCAACGGGAGACCGGAUUAUCAACUCCGCUAAACUGAAAGACCUCAUGGCGGAGUGGCACAGCCGAGUUUCCAAAAUGUCCAAACAAGCCAGGACCGCGGACGUCGAACGCAUCAAACAGUCGACGACAGUAGGCUGGCGAUUUUGCGACCGUGCCGAUCAUUACGGCGUUUCUCUCAAGGAGCAACAUAUGCUGGUCCUUUCCUCCAUACGCAUUCUCAUAUCCUCCAUCUGGGGUAUGCUGAGGGCUAGUGACGUGCGUGCUGGAAACCUGAAUGAGGAUUAUCGAAUAUCGAUUGAUGUCAUUAAAUGGCCACGACUACCGGCAUCCUAUCGCCCCCUGGCCGUGCUCAUGGCAGAGUAUGGCUGGUGUCCCCACGAAAUCUUGAGACUCCUCGGCACCUAUCAUCUUACCACAGUCUGGACAAUGACAUGCCUGCUUCGAAGAAUUCCGGCUCAACUUGAUCAUGAGCGUUGCGCCGGUGCCAUCAAGUGCGUUGCCCGCGACGUGGACCCAGAUGAUCAUCAGGCCAACCAUGUGACUAACAGCUGCAAUUGUGAAGCCGUGGGGCCAGACAUCGAGCAAGUGAAAACGAUUCUAAGAGGCGGCGGCAUCCCCUUGAUAAGAUGUAAGAUCUCAGAAGACGGCCGGCCGAGCUUCAAAGUGGUCAGUGCGAAAGGCGUCAAGAGACACAUUGCCUUUAGCCAUGUCUGGGCUGAUGGGAUGGUCAUCCCAAAACAGAACAAGAUCUUCAGAUGUCAAUUCCUCAAGCUGGCAUUCUACCUGGAGAAGGCCCGUGUGGAUGUGCAAACAGAGAGACUGUUUGCUUUCCUCCCCCUCGCACCAUUCCUUGCCCGUCAUGUUUUCAAAGGGUCCCAGUCAUUCGACAUCUGGUUGGACAUUUUCUGCAUUCCGUCGAUCCUUCACGCAGACUCGCAGGAACUCAGGAGACAGGCAAUAGCCCGCAUCUACUAUGUCUUCGCAGCAGCGGAAGCUGUUCUGAUCGUCGACAAAUCCUUAACAGACGUCACGGACAGUGAUAUGCCGACCACUGAACUUAUGGCAAGGGUUGCAUCUUCGGGCUGGAUGACACGUUGUUGGACCUUCAGUGAGAUGUCGCUUGCUCAGAAGUCCGUUGCACUGUUCUGUGUCGGCGACAGGGUUAUUCGAUAUGAGGAUUUCAAAGAGGACGACAAGGUCUUCAAGGGGCUUGAUAUACCUUCUCGAAGCUUGUUCCGCAAUCUGGGGGACUCUGCAUUCAUCCCUUUCAAUAUUGCAUGGAUUGCGUCACAGGCGGUGGUGUCAGAAUACGUCGCUUUCGCCCUGAUUUGGAACUCAUUGUCCGCCCGGUCCACGUCAUGGCCUGGGGACGUCUGGGGAAUCAUGGCCACGCUCCUGGGCUACAGUGGGAAGGAAAUCAUGACUCUCCAGGAACGCGAUCGACUCCCAGCCAUGAUGAAGGAGCUGCCCAACAUUCCGGCGUCCUUCUUCUUCCGCGAUUUACCGCGAUCAGCUUCGGCCCCGGCGCAAAUGAGAUGGAUUCCCACGAGAGUCCAAGGCAUUAUCCGAGACGGUGACGGGACGUUUGCCUUCACCGACGGCGGAAUCGUGUUUCCCAGGACCUUGAACCUCAAGUUCCUCCUAUCGCACACCACGACGGUGCCUCCGUCAUUUUCAUUCGAGUUUCGCCACGAAGACCUAUCGGCCAGACCUGAUCUUUUGCAGAUCAUGUUCCAGAUCAGCCUUCACGAUCACGACGCAGUAGCGCAACACGCCGGCAGCAAUGCGCAAAUCUGCAUCUUGCUCCCUAGGAAUGAAUCCCAAUCCGGCGACAGUGAAACAGCGUAUAUUAGCGGACUCGGCUGCGCUCUUCUUGUCACUUCCAUCCGCGCAGACUCGACCGUCGAGACCGAGUUUCUGUCCUCCUUAUCCUACAGAUUUGGCACCGAAAAACAAACCCAUCACUUACAAGCCAGCCUCGCAGGACCGAACGUCGUCCUCCGAUGCGACCGCCAGCAAUGGUACCAUGCCAGAUUGAGGAGAAAGAAGCACACUCUGGCACCAGAGAAAUUCGAGAGAAUUUUAUACUUUGGCGUACCUGCUGUGCUCGUCUUCGUCAUGGCCGCCACCAUGGUCCCGCUUUGGAUAUGGUACGGUGUGACGCACCAACCAGUCAAUGUCCAAGCGAGUCUGGUCCUCGCGACAUGUGGGUUCGCGCUGUUCAUCGUCGCCGUCAUGAUGGUGGUCAUCUUCCACGAAAAUCUUCUGUUUCGAAACUGGGUUGAUAGUUUUGACCUUGAGAACGACGGGCAACCGAAGAGAUGGUGGAAGAAAAUCAUGCCGCUCUGGUGA